UGGGGUCACGUAGAGGCGUGGCUCUUUUUGUUGCAGGAUUGACAGAAGAUCCUCUGUAAACAGCCUGAGCAUUUAAGCUUGCCUUUUGAUAAGAUUUCUAGUACCCAAGCCCAUCAAUGCAACAAUACAAGAUCCCGCCAACGGACUGGGCCCCAUUUUGAGGCCUAGAGGUGAUGUUUUCAUCAGAAUCGAUCAAUGAAUCUUCAGUGAAGAUGUGGUCUCAUUUUUGAGUUCUAUUGGAAGUGCGCAGAUACCACAGGGCAGUCGAGCAUACGGGUCAUUAUGGAAAACCAGUUCCCAAAGGUGGUCCCACUUAACGUUGGAGGUCGCCGUUUCUCCACGUUCCUGUCUACAUUACUGAGGCACGAAGACUCCAUGUUAGCCGCCAUGUUCAGUGGUCGUCACCAGGUGGAGAAGGAUAAAGAUGGCUGUUACUUCAUCGAUAGGGAUGGAGGUGCAUUCGCACACAUUCUGGAGUUUCUGCGACACGGCAAGCUACCACCACCUAACCUCGCCAGGGAGGUGUACACGGAAGCACAGUACUUCGGUCUUCAGGUUCUGGCAGACAAGCUUGCUCAGUUCAGAGAUGUCCGCGAGGAGAUAGCGUACAAGGAGCAACUCUUCAAGAAUCAAGACACCGAGAUGUUAGCAGAGAGAGUGCUCAAAGCUGUAUCUCCAGUCAUCACCGGUACUACGAGAGUAGCACUGUUGAUGGACGCAGGUUGGAAAGCUAGGAGUAAAAUCAAUGACGUAGUACCAAACAUCGUUCCCUCAAGAUUUCUCGAGAACGCAUCUUGGCAGACACACGAGUGUCUACAAGGUGACAAUAUGAACUACAUUGAGCCGCUUUGUCCUGAUGACCUACAUGUAAGAGUGGCGUGGGUAACACAGUACUUACAGGAGAGGGGGUACCGGGUCAGUACGAAGUUCGACACGUGCCAGUUUUCUCUAGAGCGGGGUAAAACGUCCGUCUGGUCUGAUCUCAUGACUGUUGAUGUAUUCUGUGGAGUGUAUGGGGUAACAUUCACAAUCAGUUAGUGCUACUAACAGACCUCAGGCAAAUCAUUUAGCUUUUUUUUUUAGCUUACUUAAUGUUUCUCGUAUUUUUGCACAACCCAGUGAGUGUGGUAGAGACUGAAGUGCACAAAACAAACUUGUCCUCAUGUCUAUUGUAACUUCUUACAUAUAACAUCACAGGGGUAUACUAGACAAGGUGCUCAAUGCAGUUUUUAGGGCUUGAAAAUCAGAUUUUUCGAAGUCAAUAUACAUACCUAUCAGUCUGACGAAUACCAUCUGCAACCCUAGUGUGAAGUGCUCUGCAUGAACACACCUAUAUAUGUUGGAGCAUUAAAAAAAAUGACACAAUUUUA